GGAAAACACAUUUCCGAUGGUCAUAGGAACCGAGACACCGCUGACUGAUAAGUCUCCAGGCGGGUCCGCCCACAUGCAGAUAAGUCCACAUUUCCCUGGACCGCGAUGUGUGCGCGGGAUGACAUGCCGCCCCUGUCAUCUGGCCACAUCCCCGGGAUCACUCAACAGCUCCACCUCCUCGCCAGUGAUUGGCCGCCGGAACUGUAGCUCAGGAGAGGCACACAGGCGGCCAAUCACCGGCGAGGAGGAGGAGCCGAGCAGCAGCACGAAGAUCAAAGAAGAUCGAGCGAGGGAGCCGCCGGAAGAAAGGAAGACAGCUGAUAGGUAAGUGUCUGUACCGUGCAGAUGGUGCUGCUGCAGCCAGGUAUGCUGGCUGUAUAUGGGAGAGGGAGGGAGCGAGCCCAGGCUGGAGCAGGAGUCAGCAAGGUAAGUAUCUUUGGUGUCAGUGGGAG